AACCGGAAGCAGACCUAUUUCAUUUCCCGUGAAUAUUUCUGCACAAACAGCUGCAUCGCACGGGGGAUUGUGAAGCAACAAACUGCGAAUUUCGUGCAGUUUUCCAUCUCGAAUCACUAGAAACAGUCUCCGGUCAAUACAAACAUGUCGCACACAAUUUUGCUCGUCCAGCCCACAAAGAGACCAGAGGGCCGCACAUACGCUGACUAUGAGUCAGUGAAUGAAUGUAUGGAAGGUGUGUGCAAAAUGUAUGAAGAGCAUCUGAAGAGGAUGAAUCCAAACAGUCCAUCGAUCACUUAUGACAUCAGUCAGCUGUUUGACUUUAUCGACGACUUGGCCGAUCUUAGCUGUCUUGUGUACAGAGCUGACACCCAGACAUACCAACCAUACAACAAAGACUGGAUCAAGGAGAAGAUUUAUGUCCUGCUGCGACGUCAGGCUCAGCAGGCGGCAAAGUAAAGGCGUCAGUGACAGGUUGUCCUGCUUCACACACCUGGAAGGAGUUUACACUGCACUACAUUUCCACAGCAUCUUAUAGAUCUGUGUAUAUGGACAACAUUGUGAGUUUGAUAAGGGGUGGGUUUUCACGUUCAACUAUACAUUGGAAAAGGUUCUGGUUUAAAAAAAAUGGAGUAAUUUGGGCUUUAUAUGAAAUGGAGUCGUGCCCGGCAGCAUACCGAUGUCUGUUACAUCAAGAGGAUAGAGGUGUUGAUGGAUGCAGGUAGGAGUGGGCGAUCUAACGAUUUAUAUCAUGAUCCAUCUUAAGAUGUUGAUGUACUCUUGCUCUACCCUUACAACAUUGAUCCAUGCAAUGUUUACAAACCAACGGCUACGAGAUGGCUCUACUAUUAUAUCACGUACGGUCCCAUUCAUUAACUGUUUUCACGUAUGCUAGCAAAUGGCUGGACAUUUGUAGUGUGGCAGUAGAUCACAUACACACAAACAUCUGUAAACUUUGACAGGCAACAGUGGGGUCUUCUGGAGGUAAUGCAACAAUAUUGAUUCAACCAACUUUAAAGGAAGAAAAGGAACAUGUCAAUAGUUUACAACCCCACUUAACAAGUUCCUGAAAGAGACGGUUAUCACAGAACAAACCAUCAUGCAUUGUGAUCUUGUGUCAAAAAUGAAAUUCAUGAUAUGAUUAUUCGGAAGAUCGCCAACUUCUAUCUGCCACCACUAACUUAUUGAUGGAGAGGGAUCCCUGACUGGAGAAGUGCUCCACAGGCUAGAGGGGCGGAAAAACUUUGUGAUCAUCAAAUGUUAGUAGUGAGAUUUCAGUUUUACUUAUUACUUAUAUGACAUGUUUUUUUUGUUUUUUAAUAUACACCCUUUCUGGGCAGUUGAAUUUUGAACAUGAAGUGAAUUUUUUAUGCAGGUGAUGUUUUUAACCAGUACCUGUCCACAUGCUAUUAAUUUAACUGAUCACAGACUGUUUUUUGUCUUCCAUAUUUCUUGUUAUUACCAUAGCCUAUGAUCAUUUUGUAAAAUGCUUUUGUUUGGUUUUGCAUAGAUCUCAACUACCCCUGCUGUUGUUGUUUAAGUUUGAUUCAAAUAAAAUAAACUAUUGUUUUCUGA